AUGAGGAGCGCGAAGGGCGCCGGCCCUUCCGCGCAGAGCGGGACUGCGUGUCCGUCAUCGAUUCCCCCUUCAGUAGCCCCGUUCUUUGCUUCCUGUUCACCUCGCUUUGCGAAGCAACUGACAGACAUCAGCCGCCGUCUUUCUCUGCCUCUUUCCACUCUUCAAGUUGAAGCGAUUCACCGGCUCCUGGCGCUGGCCCUCGAGAAGGAAAACCAGGCGUUCCCUGCGCAUCUCCAGGCUUCCGUCGCCCUGCUUUUCCACACUCUGCGUUCCCCCUGGCAGUUGGCUGACUCGCUCUCGCCCGGUUUAUGUACACCCCAAGAGGCUAACUGGGGAGGCGUUUCUGGAGCCAGCAGAGCCCCUUACCUCCAGCAAGCUGCAUUUCUGCCGUCUGUCGAUGCAGCGGUGGCUCUUGCGGGCUCUUCCGUCUCUAUUUUCUCAUCGUCCCUGUCCUUUCCAAACACCUCUCGAUGUGACGCAGUUUUCGACGCUUUCCCACCUCUCAUAGGCGCGCUCAUCCACCCUGGGGUGGCCCUCGCCUCCGUUCGCGCCAGCGUUGCCGCUGUGAGGGCUGCGGCGCUCAGCGCCCUCGUCCAGCUCGUGUCUUCCGGCCUCCUUGAGCUCCAUCGUGUCACUGAUGAGAUUCUUGCGAGCGCCGCUGCUCUGGAGCGGGCAAAGGAUCCGAGCGCUGAGCCUCCCAAAUCGUCGGAUUUUUUGAUUCGAGUCGAUUUGGCUUCAGUUCUCCCCGAAGGCCUGCAGCGGCUGUUCUUCUCCUCGCUCCUGCAGGCGGCCCUCACGGGCCGCCUCGCGGUUCUCCGCUGCUCGGCAGCCUCGUCUGCGGAGCACGUGCCUCCGCUGCACUCUGCUCUCUCUGCGACCAGGCGAGGGAAGACCGGAGAGUGCGAGGUCUUUCCUCCGUCGUGUGCGGUUCUCUCCAACUCCGCGAGUCUCCUCUCGAAGGCGCUCCAGCGUCUCGCCGCCUUCGACGGCCGCGUUGUUCUCUCCAUUCUCGAGCCUCUCGGCGAUGUUCUUCUCGCGUGCUGCUCUGCUUCGGAGGCUACACAAACUGCCACCGCAACCGAACCGCCGGUUUCCCCCGUUUCUUUCUCCGCCUCGUCUGCUGACGUCUCCCACACACAAUGCCUUGAGGGAAGCUCGAAAGUCGAGACAGACGAAAAGAUCAAACCGAGCCACGCAGGUCAGCGGUCUGCCUCGCGUCGAGGUCUGCCGCCGCGACAAGAACACGAGGCCCUCGUCGACAAAAAUGCCGCUCUGUCUUGCAAUGCCCUGGCGCAAGUGCUCGAGUUCUCUUCGAAAUCCUUUCGGCACGACGUCCUCGUCCAUUUGGCUCUUCCCCUCCUGCGGGACGCCCUGCGGGCAUGUGGGGCGCCAGAGUCGCGGUCGCGGGCCCUCGCCGUCGAGCGUCUCUUGGCGGCAGCUGCGGCGUGCGUCGAGGCCGAGGAAAGAAGGCGAACGCAUGCACGGCCUGGCCCAGCAGCUUUCGCCUGCCUGCCGACUGUAAAAGUAGCGAGCAACGGGCGCCCCUUGGCGUACCAGCAGCAGAGCGAAGGUUUGCUGGAGGACCACGCCCCGCAGGAGGAGACCAGCGGGAAGGAAACAGCUGAAACGGAAGGAAGACACCAAGCACACACAAACGAAAGAGACGGAAAAGGUGGAGACGCGGGUCGAAGGCGAUGUUCAGCGCGGACAGAAAGCGGCUCGGAGGACACUGGAGACGGGGAAGACCGGACGGUGGGGCUUUUACUUCGAUUUGUGUUUCAACAGCUGCACACCAUUGACCAGCUUUCGGGGUUCCUCACAUGCUGGGACGCCGCGCACCGGGUUCUCAAGUCGAGGUGUAGGUACACUCCGAGCGACGACGUGGUGGGCGACCUCAGCAGUCAACUGACGUUUGCACUUCUUCACCGCGCAUGUCUCGAGCGUCAGAGUGGGCGAGAUGCGACGCUCAUUCUGCGUCGUAUCGCCGGUCUGGCUGAAGAAGAAGCGAGACGGGAGACGGCGAAGAAGAGCCGCGGGGCUGCGCAUGUGGAAAGCAGCGGCGAUCGAGAUGCGCACCGAGGAGGGUCGCGAAGUGGCGCUCGAGCGGGAACGGAAGGCGUCUGGAGCGUGCGGCUUCUCGCGUUUUCCCUCGGCUGGCUCCUCUGGCAGUUUCCCAGCGAAGAAGAACUUCAGCCGCUUCUGCAUGCAUGCGCCCAUCUCCUCGAGCUCCUCGCCUCGCUCACUGAAGCCCCAGACACGGAGGCAGGAGGCCCUCGAGAGGCUCAAACGGCGAUGAACCUGAGUUUGUUCUCUUCGCAUCUCGCGCUCCUCGUUCCCCUCCUGAGUCUCCAGCAAACCUGUCCGGCGGACAGUUCGCAUCUUCGUCGCAUCGCGUCUCUGGUCGACGCGGCGACUCGCGCGGCCCACGCGUGUCUUCAAGGUGGAGCCCAUGCCCUUCUCAGCCCCCACACAGAUGAGGCAUUCCCAUUCGAAGCGGACCAGAAGCACGUGAACAGCGACAGAUUUUCGGCGGACCCCGACGGGCUGCCGGCUCGCCUCGGGCAAGCUGCAGGCGGGCACCUCGUGGCCUGGCUUUCUGCCACUCUGUGGCUUCACCAGGCCGUCGACAGACCUCUGGUCGAACUCGCCACGCACGCUGGGUAUCUCCGACGCGAGUCUUCACCUUCUCCGUCUUGUUCGGCUUCGCCUGCUGCUCAUUCGGUUUCGUCGGACGGCGGAGAAGCGGCCAAGUAUUUGCUGCCUCUCCAGGGUGGUUCUGCCUCAAGCGGAAGUUUCUUUUCCACGAGUCUGUCGCCUCUGGUGUUUUCGCGCGACCACGGCCUCGUCUCGUUUCUUCUCUCCAUUCUCCUGCUCUCCGAAUUCCCCCAACACAGAGCCCAUGCAUGCAAGAGCCUGCUGGCCACGCUCCAGGCGCAGCCCUUGGAGGCGCAGCGGGCCUUGCCGAUCUUGCACUUUGCCGCAUCGCAUCUCCCCGCGCUUCCUCUCCUCGCCGCCCUCAGAUCCCGCGCGUUCGCCGCGCUCGGAGACACUCCAGAGAGUCAAAAUACCGAGAGAACAGACCCCACGAUGACGGUGGCGGGUAGCAAGGAGACGGCCAAGACGUGGAGUCGCGCGGCGGGCGCUCUCGGAGGGCCAGAGGAAGAGAGACAGCAGAAGGGCGGCGAGUCAGAGCUUUCGAGCGAGCGGCUUCACGGGGCUAGCCUGCAACGUGAAGCAGACGCUCUCUGCUCGUCGCUGUGUUCGUGUGCAGCCGUCUCUCCUUCCCGCUUCUUCCAUUUUCUUGGCGCGGCGGCUCGAACCCACUGGGGUGCAAACGACGAAGGAAAAGGCGGCGAGGGCGACCCAGAGAGAUCGGGGAUGUUCUCGGGCUUUGCAGAGGCGGGUAGAGAUACACAGGCGAGAUGCAGUCGAUCUGAAGCAGAGGGACGAACCGAGGUUCUGGUGUCUCUCUGGCGAGUCCAGCAGGUCGCGGUCGUUGCGCUGAUCGGUCACGUCCUCGCCGCUCUUCCCGUCGACAAAUAUCUCGUUCCUCCUGCCUACCGAGCUCUCCUUGAUAUCUCCGGAUACAGCGGACUUCCGCCCGCAUCGACUGAGGUUGCUUCUUCCUCUGCGUGUUCUCUCCCUUGUGGAAACGCGUCGGUUUCCCGUCAGAGCUGUCCCCCCUCCUUGGCGCUGUGGGCUCCUCUAGAUCCUUCUCGCUUCACCCCUGCUCUCCGAGCCUGCCUUCUCCAUCCGCUUCUUACUCGGCUCUUUCUCCUCGGAGACCUGUCGCCCUCAAAACUCCUGUCUCCUUCCGAGGCGUGUGCGAGCUUUCCUCUGUUCACGUUUUGCUGCUCUGCGCCUUCUCUGGCUCCGUUGUCUCCGCCGUCUCCUCUGUCUUCUCUGUCUUCUCUGUCGCGCGGGGGCGCGGCGUCUGUAGACCGUGGCCAGCUAGCUGUGUGCCGAGCGAUGCUGCAGGCUGUGCAAGACAUCGCGCGCGGCAGCUCCGGCUUCGCGUGCACCGGCACCGCGGCGCCUCUGCUCCAGCAUGCGUUGCCGCAGAUUCAACUGGCUCUCGAGGCUGAAAGUGUGUCGCUGCGAGCCCAAGCGGUCGACCUGCUUUCUCUCUUUUGCCUCGCUGGCGUGCUGUGUCCAGGCAAAGUGAAGCGUAUUCUCGAAAAGAAAAACCUCUUGAAUGUUUUCCAACAACCGCCAGAAAUCACCCGCGCAGUCGCCGCGUUCCUGCGGUCCUACAUCGACUGCCUCCUCCACGCCUCCCGCAGCGACGCAGACUCUUCCUCUUCCGUCUCUUCCUCUUGUGUCGCGUCUGGCCCGCUUUCCGCCGAGGAGGAAGCGAAGCUGCUGGAGGCCUUGGGGCUCAUGGAGGAGAUUUGCCAGCUGGGUGCGUGCGCACGGGCGCGGAGUCUGGCCUUCCUGGGGGCGAGUCCCUUGGUGCUCGUUCUGUACGAUGCAGAGGGACAGCCCGCCGUUCCUGCGGGCGAAGAAGCCGCUCUCCCGACUGCGUUAUCGCCGUUCGCGGAGUCGCAGGCGCGGAGCCUCGAAGGGGGAUCUUUUCGCCGGUCGGAGAGCUGGAGACACGCCGCACAGCAAGGCGACUCGGGGCGCCUGUCGGACGCAAGUCGCGCGGCUCUUGCGGCCCGCGAGCCGGAGAAGACAUCUUCGCUCCCUCUGGCCACUUGCCGCUUCCUCACAUCUGCGGGUCUCGCGUCGCUCUUUCUCCUGCCUCUCUCGCUCCCCUCGGUGCGCGGGGCGGCACGCGCGCUCGCCGCAGCGAUGCGGAAGGAGCGGAGCCUUCUGGGCCGCCGAAGAGGAGAGGGCGCGGCUCAGACAGGCAGAAGCAAGUGCCUGCAAAAGAUCCUGCGACUGCUCCACGAGAAGCGCGGUCGGGCCAGCGGCCAGAAAGCGAGUUCCCACGCGGUGGCCAGCAGAGGUGCGCACCCCGAGGCCGCGGAGCAGAUGGACAGCGGGGGAGGACAGACACGCAGCGACCGGGAGGAAGGAGAACCCGCAGGAAGAGGAGGGAAUAUCGAUGGAGAGACCGCGGUCGUCUCCAUGGUGCUCCUCGAAGAACACAAAGCCGAUCCUCAACGGAAGAAAGGCAAUGGCGCAGCCGCUGAGCGCCUGUUGGCCGACCGCCGACGCGCCGCCUUCCUCUCGCAGAUCAAGGCCGCGGCCUCGGCCAAUCGUCUCCAGCAUCCGCUCCUGCUGCCGCUCUUCCCGCGGAUGUGGCAGGAACUCCUGAUUGAAUACUUGGAUUCUCUUCCGAGCAGCGAGACGCGUUUGGUUUUUUCGAGUGACGGACGGCUAAUUGGGCGCGGGAAGAACCGCGCAGGUGUCGACCGCGAGCUCGAGCAGCUUUUCGAGGCGAUUGCGCCGUGCCUUUUGAAUUCUUCCGCGAAAGUGACGCAGCAACGGCCGCCGCAGUUCUCCGCCUUCACUUCGUUUCUUGCUUCCCUCGCUCUUGUCCACCCUCCCUUGGCGCCGCGAGCUGUACAGACACUCCAGCGGUGCCUUUUUGUCGAUGCAGUGGAAGACACCCGAGAGAUACCUGACUGGAUCGUCGCGGGGUGCCUCGUCGCGCUCUCGACUCUCCAUGGAGCCUCGAUAACUGUCCCCGACUUUUUCCCGAUCUGCUGCUUCCUUCUUCGUUCGUCUUCCUCCGCGGCGACUCAGGGGACAGUCUACAUCGCCGCUGCUGCGCAUGCGAGGGCGCAGCCGACCAACAAGUCUGAGCUCUUUCGUCUCCUGCGGCUGUACGUACACCUGGGGAGUCACGCGAGCUGCGAAAGGGGCGAGGCCGCAGCGCGGAGUCGCAUCCGAGCGUUGAAGGCGCAGGCCAGACGGCGCGCUGGGGACGCAGAAGAUCCUGGGCAGGAUCCAGAAGAGAGCCCGCGAGACGAACACCCCAACAUGCUUGUCGAUGUUUCGGCAGAAGACGUUUCUGAAGCAAACGCGUUGGAGGAAUUAGAAGCUGCAAUCUGGAGACUCCCUUUGGAGACACUCCCUGCUGGCUGGUUCGUCGGCCUGGCGUGCGUGGCCCGAGUUCUUGCCGAGAACGUCCCGGACCCGACAGUCUUCUUCUCCUUUCUCCACAGCGUCGUGCUGAGGCUGGCCGCCGCCUUCUUUGGCAGGCCGCACAGGACAGGAGCCCCUCGAAACGAAACGGCAAAACAGACACGUCCGCCGGCACAUACACUGCACGCUGGUCCGGCUGUUUCGUCUUCUUCGGCCGCGCCUGACACGCCGGUGUCUGUUGCGCUGGUGCCUCUGUCGACGCUGCUGCCUGCGCUUCUGGAGUGCGGAGUUCUGGAUCUCAACCAAGUCUGCAGUUUCCUUUCUUCCCUCGUUUCGUUGCUUGCGGCUUCUCCCCCGGACGUCGCUGCCCCGGCCGUCUGCUGGUUCGCCGUCGCGCACCUGAUUCGCUCCCUCGCGGAUUUCUUGGCUUCUCGCCUGCGCAGCGCCUCGCCCGUGUCUUCGUUCGAUUCUGCCUCGUUCUCGCCUCUCUCUUCCUUCCACGCCGUCCGGCGUGCUUCCUCCGCAGCACUCCUCGCGCGAAUCGGCGAUUCCUUGCUUCGCCUCCACGACUUGCUGCUCGCGUGGUUCGUCUCGCCCAGCUCUCUGGCCGACCGCGCCAUGCGCGCACUCGCCGUCGCCGCCCUCGCGGGUGUACCUACACUGCUGCAGAGCCCCGGGAGGGCCAGUGACCAGCCUCGCGACUUCGACCUCUCGACUGCGAACUGGAAGUCUGUUCCGGCGGUCGACGUGUUUCUCCGGCGCGCGCUGGCGCGGCUGCAGAGCGCGGCAGAGAGUGUGCAGGCGUCGAGCGAGGAGUGCGCACAGUUCGAGACGGCGACGCGUGAACGGUUUGCGUUCGAGGACGUGGACGCGCGCCCCGGGGUCGUGGCCGAGGACGGAGAAGCUGAAGACGCGGCCGACGACGGGUGGGGCAGCGAGCAGGCGAUUCCGGGCGCAGUUGCGCAGUUUCUUGACCAGCUCGAGACUCCGGCUACGCCCCUCGUUCGGAUAAAGAACGCGAGCGAGAAGACGAGUCCGCGCACGGCAGAUCCAGAGGGAACGUUGGUGCUGUGUCAGCUGUACUUACAGCUCAGGGCGUCGCUUCGGGGCGGCCUUCGCGGCCCGAGUGCGCGCCUCGUUCUCCCAGAGCAUUCUCUCCUGCGGUUCGUAUUCGACGAGAUUUUCCGUGCAGCUCGCGCAGCGCGUCUGCCGCGCUUCCACGCUCCGCGGGAAAGUUCGAGAGACCCGGACGCGGAGCCUGCGGGGCGCUUGAGAAGGUCUGAAUCGCUCGCGUCUGCUUCCGGAGCCGUCAUCUGUCCUCCGCAAACGCGCACAGACCACCUGCAGCUCGCCCACCUCGUCGCGCUCCUCGAGGCCCUCGGGGCAGUGCGGCCGCCGCUCCCCGACUGGGGCAUGCACGGCCCGCUCGCCCGCCUCUGGUGGAUGGCAGUCGCGCGCCUGGAAGAGCUCCAAAGGCCUCGAGAGCCAGGAAAGAGAGGAGACCAUCGAGCACCUGCGCGCUCACAGAGUCCACCCCGGCCUGGCUCCCCCAGCGACAGGUGUAGUGAGGAGACAGGCGUUGCGUGUCUGAGGAAAACGCGAGAGGCACGCGAAUCAAGCGACGAAGCAGAACGAGAGGGAAGACUUCGGGGUGUCCGCGCGGAUGCGAGACACCGCGACGAGGAGAUCGAAGCGCUCUGCGCUUUGCAGAUCGCCCUCCUGCGCGUCUCCGGCGCUCACGCGUGCAACGCGCCGCUCCUCGCGCAGGCGUGUAGCUCCUGGGCCUUCGCGACGUUUCUGGCGGAAGAGGCGCCGGAAGGCGAUCGCGAGCACGAAGGCGUGGAGCCGAAAGAAAAACGGACAGAACGAGAGGAAGACUCCUCGCGGGGAGAAGAGCCGUGGUACGAUGCACCGCACAGGCUUGGACGCAGGCCAGAAGCGCCAGAGCGACGUUGGGAGUUGUCAAGAGGACCUGCGUCUUCGCCGUUGCCUUCGCCAUUUUCUUCGCCUGCUUCUUCGCAGAAAAAGUCUCCUCUGUCUCGCGCCGUCAAGUUUGUCUUCUUGGCAGAGCUCCCAGCACUUUUCCAGGCCUUGCCGAGAAACGAGGCGAUCUGUCUCCUCGCCCACAUCUUCACACGCGGCCUCGAGGCGCCCCACCGGGCGCCAAAGUUGUGGGGCGCGGCCCUCUUUGCCCUAAAACGCGUCCUGCUCGCGUUUUUGGAGAGCAGAGACGCCGCGACCUCGCCUCUCGGCGAAGGAAAAGAGGCCCGCUCCCCGCUGUCUCUCCACACAGAGGAGGAGCUGGACGAGACUCUGCGCCAAAUUGAGCAACUCCUCGGGCAGUGGCUGUUGCCUGCCUUGCUCGCCCCGGCCUCUGCUGUCGCUUCCAGUGCGGAACGCGAAGCGGAGGCGCGCCCAGGGGAACCCGCAGCAAGCCCUCGCACUGUACAGACACCCGACGGCGAGGGCACGGAACGAGCCAUCGGGAAGCGAGGACUGGGAGCGCGAGAGGGGCGCGUUUUGGCGCCGUUCGCCGUCCUCGCUCACCUGGCCGAGGCGCUGGAGGUUCUCCUCGUUGUCAAGAGAGGCAGGAAAAAGACAGGAAAACCUGUGGAGGCAAAAGGCUCGCACGACGCGUCCGAGACGGACACCCUCGAGGGAGUCGCGCACCUCCCUGCUCUCGUUCUUGGAUACCUCGUUCUCAAAAAGGUCGUCCCUACUUGGCACUUGCAAGGCCUGCGAGAUCGGCUUCUUCUCCCACCGCAAACUCCUUCGCUUUCUGCUUCGCCUGCCGGCAGGGGAAGGACGGGAAAAGCUCUUCCGGGGGAGGGCGAGGCUCUGAACGCGCCGCUUUGCUCGCGCAGAACCUUUUGCCGGGGAGUCUUCGACCGAGAGCUAGUUUCCUUCGCCUUCGUCGCGUCGCUCCUGCCGUGGCCCGAGCAGCUGGAAAUCCUUCACGGCAUCGUCUGUAGCGUCAGCGUCCACCAGGUGUCUAUACACCACGCGGUGAACCUGCUCGUCGCCUUUGCGUUGUACGCGACUGCCCCGCACCUCGCCGUCUUGCUCCUCGAUCCGUUUCUCCGUGACGGCGCGAGCGAGGAAUCGCGAGCCUUCUCUGCCGGUGGCUUCCCGAGCGAACACGGGGGGGAAAGAGGGAGACAGACUGCAAGGGCGUCACCUCGGAGCCGACCUCGCGUGUACCCUGCCACUGGACAUGAAGCUGACGAAGAGCUCUCUCGAGAGACGAAACUCCGAGAACCCGAGUGUCUGUACACUUCCGUCACGGGCAUCCGAUGGUUAAUGGAUGAGCGCAUAGCGGAGAGAGACCUAGCCGACGCAGCGGCAUGUUCUGACCUCUCCGAAUCGUCUCCUGGCCCACAACGUCCUGCCUAUUCCUCGCCGUUCGUCCCUUUUUCCUGCUCGUCCUGUUUGUCUUCUUGCUCCGUUUCGGCAUCGUCGUGCUUCAAUUGGGAGGGGGAGGAGACCGUUCAUCUUCAGCUGACAAUUUCACCGGAAGAGAGCGGUCUUUUCCCGUCUUUCCUUCAAAUUCUUCCUCGAGCUUUUCUCGGUGUCCGUGGUUUCUUCUCGUUCCACUUGUCACCGAAUCUUCCAUACUGGCAGUCGCUUCUUCUGCAUGCGCCUAGUCCACGUGCUCUCUCACCUCCGGCGAUUUCUGCUCUGUCGCUCCCUCCAACGACUGCCCUCGCCUUCUCCUACGGUCAGCAGGAUGCCCUGCUCCUCCUCAGAAGACGAGUAAAACUCUUGCUUCGUCUUCAUAUCCCUUCUUCUCUUCUUCUUUCUCUCUCUCCCUCUCUGGCACCACCCACCGUCGAAAAACUGUCUUCUUCUUCCCCUUCUUCCCCUUCUUCCUCCUCUUCCUCUUCUUCUGCUUCCCCUUCCUCUUCUUCUCUCAUGUCUGUUUUAAGUGGUGAGCAGACGCGAGAUGGAUCGAGUCUGGAGUCUCUUCUUCGGCUCGCGGCUCCAUUUGCGUUGAGAGAAUUGCGGAUGCUGCUCGUGAAAGCUGCGCGUCUCCAGAAAGACGCAAAGCCCGCGUCCUGCGGGAAGGAUCUUGGAUCAGGGGAAAAGAGGGGCUCUGGACUCGACGUUUCGCAAAAGAGCGCGAAGCCUGCGGUCGACGUGCCGUGGCUGCUGAACUGCUUCGAUGCACUCCUCGCCUCGCCCCCCGUGGCGCAAGUCCUCCAGCUGUAG